CCGGCCGGGACUCGGAGCCUUCCUGCGCCGCCCUGCCUUGACCCGGGCGGGCCGGCGCGGCGAGAAGCUGGGCGCGCGCUUUGGGGAGCCCCCGGGACUGACCUGUCGCGCGCCAGGGACAGGCUCUGCGCGCUGCAAAGCGAAGCGGGGAGGGAGAGGCGGCGUUGAACGUCUAGCUGCGCAAGAAAGCAGCCUUGUCGGUCUUCGCGAAAACCAGCAGCCCUCCCAUCGCCACCUUCCCCGGGGUUGCUUCAAGGGGGAAAAGAAGUUCGGGGAUUUCUUUCUACCUCGCAAAUACCGAGCGCGGGAGAGGACGCUUUGCAUUUGCAGCUUGCGUGCUUCUUCUUGUCCUUUUUCUUUGCCUUGCAACUUUCCCCCGUGCUCCGCUUGGCUUGUCAGCCUUUCCAGGCAGCUUAAAUAAGGCUUUGCCCUGAAGCCGGAUGGCACUUGCAGGCUCCCUGCUGCUUUAAAUCUAUUAGCGAAUAUAACAAUAAUAAUAAUCGAAAGAAAUGCUUCUUCAAAUCCAGCUUGGGCGAGCUUUCUUUGAUAGCAAUGCUUUAUUCACUGGAAAGAAGUGGCUGAACUAAUAAGCCUUUGCUCUGGCAAUCGCAGCAUCCACGCUGCUGUAAAUAUGUGAGCACUAAUGUUGAAAAUAAUAAGCAUGCCUAUUUCAAUCCAAGCCUUCGCUAGCCAAGAGAGAGCCAUGCUAUUUUAUUAAAUAGGAAGAAGUUUGGGGGGUGAGACAGAAAAUGCUAAGGAUCCGCGAUCCGGGUGCUGGCUUAGGCGACAUGACGGGCAGCCGGAAGCUGCUAGCCGUGGGGGCUGUUCUGGGAUGGCUGCUGGUCGUCCACUUGCUGGUCAAUGUCUGGUUGCUUUGUAUCCUCUCGGGGCUGCUGGCGGUGUUGGGUGGCUGGCUGGGCUCCCAGGCGGUGAUUGGGACCACCAGCAGAGUCCACCUGGAGAGGUUCCUCCUCCUCGAGAGCAGCCCUCCGAACCCCGACGCAGAGCAGCAGCUGGACAAGGAGAUUGAGGGCAUGAUUGGGAAGAUCGUUCGGGAUUUCGUGUCCUCCUGGUAUCGGUCGGUGAGCAGCGAGCGGGGCUUCGAGGACGAGGUGAAAAAGGCCAUGAUGGGCCUGGCUGUGGAGCUCAAGAGGCGGAUGGCCUUGAUAGACAAACAGGCUCUGACCCAGAAGCUGCUCCUGCUUGGAGGUUGCCACCUUCAGACUUACAAGAAAGCCCGCGAGAAAGCGGAGAUGGGGCAGAGCUCUGGAGACCCUGCCCAGAGGGCCGAUCACCUAUGGCGAGCGUACUCAGAACUGUCAGACCCCCACAUGGCUGUCCAGAGCCCCGCCAGCGAGGUGGAUUAUGCUCGGCGCAUCGUGGACUUGCUCCUGCACGUUCUGGUGCCUGAGCCGCACCUGGAGACCAGGACUGGGCGCUUUGUGGUGGUGGAGCUGGUGACUUGCAAUGUGCUGCUGCCCAUGAUCAACAAGAUGGCGGACCCUGACUGGCUCAACCUGCUGCUGAUUGGGAUUUUCUCCAAGAUCAAAGCCGCGGGAGGGAAUGAGAAGCCGGAGACGGCGCCAGCCCUUUCUCCAUGCCAGCCUGCGGUACCCAGUUCAUUGCCGCUGGCCUUUCUGUUGGAAGCCGCCCCGGAGAACAGGACAGUUUCCCCGAGGAAUUCCGAGCCGUCGAUCGGAGACGCGCUGGAUGGCUUGGAGUGGAGGGAGCCUUUCAGCAGAGAGCUGAGUGCUGACUUGGAUAGUAGGAGAGUUAGCACCUCUUCCGUGCCCUGCCUCCAGCCUGAUACCCUGGAGUCCUUCUUCCCCUGCGAAGACCUGGAAGUUGAGUCUCCAGUGUCGGAAGUAGGAAAGGACUCUGCAGGGCUCAUGCCCCGGGAGGAAUUCCUUGUGGAGUCCCUCGCCGCCCUGGAGGAACCUGAGAGCUUGUUUCAAGAGGAUGGCCUAGGCGCCAAGGGCAGGUACUCGGAGUAUGCUGCCGGGUCCAGCUCCGAAAUGAGGCCCCGAAUCCCCUCCUUGAGCCCCUGCCCCGAUAUCCAGAUCGAGGCCGCUGAGGAGAAGGAGGAGACCUUGGCUUCGCUGACGGCUCUUUUGGAGGACUCGGAGAAGACCUUCCUCAGGCGGCCGUCCUACCUGGACAAGGAGCUGGUGGCUUCCGAAAGCCUGGCCCACAGCCCUCAAGACCUUGCCCAGCUGCCAGGGCUGCUGUCUUCGUCCCCCACCGCCCCCUUGGGCACCUUCAGCUUUGAGCCGCUCAGCAGCCCCGAUGGGCCUGUCGUCAUCCAAAACCUGCGCAUAACUGGCACCAUCACCACCCGAGAGCACAGCGGGACAGGAUUCCACCCCUACACCUUGUAUACUGUGAAGUAUGAGACGACUUUGGACAGUGAAAAUGCCAGCGGCCUCCAGCAGGUAGCUUACCACACCGUGAACCGGAGAUAUCGAGAGUUCUUGAACCUGCAAACGAGACUGGAGGAGAAGCCAGACCUGCGGAAGUUCAUUAAAAAUAUUAAAGGUCCAAAGAAGAUCUUUCCCGACCUUCCUUUCGGUAACAUGGACACAGAUAAAGUAGAAGCCAGGAAAAGCCUCUUGGAGUCAUUCUUGAAGCAACUGUGCGCUAUUCCUGAGAUUGCCAACAGCGAGGAGAUGCAAGAAUUCCUGGCCCUGAACACAGACGCCAGGAUUGCCUUCGUCAAAAAGCCCUUUGUGGUCUCCAGGAUUGACAAGAUUGUGAUGAACGCCAUUGUGGACACUUUGAAAACGGCCUUCCCCCGGUCUGAGCCGCAGAGCCCAACAGAAGAGCUCAGUGAGGCAGAGGUGGACGGGAAACCCCAGAACGAAGGGAAGAAGGCUAGCAAGCCUAGGCUGAGAUUUGCAUCCAGCAAAAUUGCUCCAGUCCUGAACGUGCCUGGAGCGCAGGAGAAGAUUGCAUAUUCUUUCAAGGAAGGCACCGCUGUCUCAGAGUUCUUGUCCCUGGCAAGAAUGGAGUCCUUCAUCCAGAAGCAGGAGAAGCUGAUGGAGGCCGUGUUUGACGAGAGCCCAGAGGGCGAGGCAGACCGAGAUCCUAAUGCCUUUAGACGUGCAUCCAGUUUGGACAUCGGGAAGCCCAUGAAGGCACCACAGCAGCCAGCAGAGGGCAGCAGCAAUCCUGAGUCGGAGACAUUACUUGCGGAUGUUGCCUUGGACCUCCUCCGCCUGAUUAUGGUGGAUCACUGGAGCUGGCUGUGCACGGAGAACAUGCAGAAGGUCCUGCAACUGCUCUUUGGGAGCCUGGUCCAGAGGUGGCUGGAGGUUCAGGUGGACAAUCUGACCUGCACUCAGCGCUGGGUACAGUACCUUAGGUUGCUCCAGGAAUCAAUAUGGCCUGGUGGGGUCUUGCCUGCAGCCCCCAAACCACUCAGAACAGAGGAACAGAAGGCUGCAGCAGAAAGGCAGGCCUUACAGAUUCUCAUGGGGAUUCUGCCUGAAUUAAUCCUGGAAAUCCUUGGGACCAGUAAAUGUCGACAGAGUUGGAGCCUAGUCCUGGAGUCCAUGCAACAUCCUAUCAUAAACAGGCACAUGGUUUACUGCCUCGCAGACAUCCUCCUGGAAUUUUUGAUCCCCGAUUCCCAAGUGGAUGAAUCCAAAGCAACAUCCGCCAUAGGCACUCCUGCCUGUGGAGUGACUGAGAGAGCGGGCCCUUCAACUCACUAACUCAGAAUGGCUUUGCUAGCAGUGGAGGAGAAGUGUGUGUGUGUGUGUGUGUGUGUGUGUGUGUGUGUGUGUAGAGGUGAACCCCUAGGUAUCAAUUCUUGGCAUUUCAUUUCUGUUGGACUGAGUCAUGGGCCUCUGCUGAUGAAGGUGCACAAGACUGGCUGCUGAAACUAAGAUGAGUGGUCCAAAGGUGUUUACUUGUACUGUAAAAAUAGUGUCCAUUCCAUAACUCAGGAGAGCUCAGGAGCAGCUCUUGAUUAGAAGGUAUCCUCUUCUUAUAGAGGUGAAUAAGCUUGAGAAUGGGACAAGACCUCACUGGGAUUCCUGGAUAGAUGUGAUUUCACUUCUUGCAUGUUGUUUUUUUAAGCUACGUUCAAGCUAGUAAGCUUCGACACUCCCAAGACUACAUGCAGAUAUAUGGGCAUUCCAUUUCAUGAUCUCUCCCCAUUUUCCUUUACACAACAUUAUGCUCAAGAGUCGGAAAUCAAAUGUUUAGUAAAUAAAAGAAAAUAAAACUAUCCUUUAUUUGG